AUGUCAAAAUGGCACCAGCUUCUUGCCUACUCUACUCUAUUUGACGAUUUAGGAAAAAUAAAAACUAAUUGUUUGUUUAUGAGAUUCCGAUGCCCUUUAGCUAUUAUUGCUGCCAAAAAGAAUACAAUAAGGAAGUGGAAGCUAGCUUGUAAAGGUCUACGGGGGAGUUUAUCGACCGCAGUUAUUAUCAUGUCCAAACGAUAUGUGGAUGAUAUCCUUUCUUCUGAUGCCGGAAGUAGCGAUAGCGAUCUAAGUUUUGAGAACAUAAAUGGAGAUGACUAUCGAAUAGACGUUGAUGAACGGGAUAUAGGUAAGCGUAACACAACAUCCAGAGCACAUGAUGAUUUGCGAGCAGGUCCACCAUACAAUUUGGAAAGUGUUUUUGAAAUGCCAGAGGAACCAGUUACUCCAAGGACUGAAAAUGCAAACAAUAAUGAGUUGUCUGACGAUUACCAAGAUGAGAAUGAUAAUACUAUGGUAAAGGAUAUUGUAACACCACCAAGGGAAAGGAAACGUGUACGAUUUGGAGUAAAUGAGAAAGAUGAUAGUGAGGAUUAUAGCAAUGUCAACCCAUGGGAUUUUAAAAGACUGAUACGAAAACUUUACAAGGAACAGUUACCGGACACAUAUCAGAUACGGAACUGGAAACGACCACAAAGGGAAUUAGUGACAAGUUUUAUUGAAAUGAUAGAAAAUAACGUGGAAUUGGCAUCUGCAGAGGUUUUCGACCAAUACGGAGAUGAACUCGACCGCUUCUACAAAUCCAACGGUGAACGUGAUGAUCUCAAAGAGAAGUUGGAAGUCAACGUAUACGACAUCAUAUAUAAUAUAAAGAAGCGAUUGAAAAGAACUAAAUUCCCAUCCAAAAUAUGGGUAGACAAUCUUGAUUUGGAGUAUGUAUACGCUAAAGGAGAAUUCAUUAAAAAGAGGUACGAAUCUGAGCUUGAUCACGCCGAAGAAAUUGAAAGGCAAUUGCUCAGAGAAGAAGAGCAUGUUAAGUCGUUGAAACUGGAGGGUGAAGCCAAGAUUAAGAAACAUAAAGAAACGCUAACAGCAGAGCUAUCGGAGCUCUCAAAGAACUUGCACCCAUCGUUAUCAACCGCUCUAACAAAUUCUUUUGGUUUGAUCAAAGACUCUCAAAUGUCGAAUACAAUCUACCAACGUGAUAAACUAGAUUUCAAUCUCCGUCUCAAAACAGAUUUCUCUCAACCUCUAAAACUUGAUUCGGAUGAUACUGCGGACAAUGAUGUAAUGCAAACAUUAAAAUCAGCACAGAAUCUCGCAGACGAAAUCUUGGGUAAAUUGUCGAAUAUUACAGGGUGA